CUUUCAUUUCCUCCUUGUUCUUUGUUCCCAGUGAAAAUUAAUUCUAUUAAACCCCAAAAUACAUAUAAAAAGUCAUGCUAUUAUGAACACUAUGAUGUUUAUUCAAGGAAAGUUUUCUGCCUUUGUUUCUCUGUGCAUGUUGCUUGAAUAUAAUCACUGUGUGUGCGUGACUCUAUCUUGUAGAUCUAUUGUUUUAUUCACUGUGUGUACUUGUUUGUUUAGCACCAAGGCAACCCUGCUUCACCUCUUGCUUCUGUCACCCCCUUAGACAGCCCUUCUGAAUCAGAAUCAGAGCCCUCUCCCCCAAGUCUCUCAUCUCACCCAUACCUCAAAUCGUUACCUAAAGAUAUAUCAACCACUGACAAGGUUCAUAAUCCUCAAAGAAAUGAAUUCCCUAAACUAGGCCCCCCACCUCCUUACAUCCCUGAGCCUUACCAUGUGUACAAUAGCAGUGCAGUGCACGUAGAAGCUGUGCGUAGGUACCUCCUGGAGAAUAACUUGGAUAGGACCUCUCCCUGUAGUAUAUCCCCUAGACAAUCCCAAAGUGCAUGUUCAUCAAACCAGAGUUCAUACAUACUUGGAGCAGGUAAUACACCUCUGAGUUCAUCUCCAUUGACAUCAGUAGGAGACCCUCAGGACUUGGAGGAAUUUGUCCUGGAGCAUGGAAUGAGGGUCCUCUCAACAGGCAGCUCACCAAGGACUUACACCAUUGUAUCCAGUAACCUGGGAGAACAUUCUUUGUUUGAUAAGAAUCAUAGAGGCAGAAGAAGUGCUGAGUUAAAGGUGUCACCACUUCGGAGAUCUCCUGGUAGUCCCUUAUUGGUCAGAUCUGGUAGCCCCUUAUUGGUCAGAUCUAGCUCUUGUAGCCCCUCAAUGGUCAAAUCAAGUCCCCAAAUGGUUGCACAGCAUAGUUCAUCAUCUCCCAAAAUCAUAUUUUCACCAAAACCUUCAAAUCUUCAGUAUGGUAUGAAGACCCCUCCACACCAAGGUACCAAUAGGAAUGUCACCCCACCUCACAUGAUUCGUUGUAUUAAGACCCCUGAGUCACACAGCUAUCAAACUGAAGAGAGUGUGUUUCCCAAGCCUUGCCCCAUGCAGGACAACGUCAAAUUUGGUAGCAUAAAUGAUGACCUUAAUGCAAAUAAUCAACCACAUAGUAAUGGACCAUUUGUGUUUGCCAGCAGUCCUUACCCCCUAGCAAAGGCAGCCAGCCUGAAUACAUCACUGGAUGGAGGAUAUAUGGCAAGCAAACUUCAAUAUCUAAAACAUGUUCUCCCACCACUUCCACCGAAACCAAAGUUUGAAUUUGAGCACUUAAGUCGAGGUAUUAUGACUGAGGAUGCAAUAGAUACUGCUAACAUGAAACAGCCCUUCUUGCAUAGUCCUCCAAUUAGGAAUCUUAACAGGAAGAUUUCCCCUAAGAGGAAGACUUGUAUGACUCAAGAUGGGACAUUCAACAGGUCAAAAGCUAAGAGAUGUAAAUCUGUUGACUCAUGGAAUAUUAAAAAGAAACAUGAACAGUUUAAGGACACAAACAAAAGGGAUGUUGCUCAAAAUGAACGACGAGUCAAUGGGAAACAUGUGAGAGCUUUGUCCGAUACAGGGGUGUUUACCAAGAGUGUAGAUGUCCUGACUGAUGCUGUAGAGAGGGACAUGAAUGCUGCUUUAAAAGCUCCUAAGGAAAACAAGAAUAUAUCAGCAUUAGAGACAUUCAAUGAUGAGGGAAAUGUUAAGGUGUGUUCUAACUCUAAGAGUGAUGAUGCCAAAAAUGGUGCUAUGGAGAAGGAUUUGCAUAACUUAAAUGAUGCUUUAACAGAGCCUGGGGAACAAGCCAGUGGCUCUAAUGAUGCUUUAAAAGACCAUGAAGAACAAUCCAAAGAGAAUAACAAUUACAAGGGAAAUAUUGAGGAUGGCAUAAGAGAUAUUCAGAAAACUGUCCAAGAAAAACCAAAGUGGUUCCAAGAAUUUGAGGAAGCACAUAAAGCUACAGAUUCAGACUUUCUUUAUUAUGAUGAUCAAACUAAACAAACAAAACAAAAAAAGACAAGACGCAGACUUCUCCAGGUGACUACUAGAGGUAUUGAUCACACAGAGGGACAUAAUUUAUUAAAGCAAUAUAGCAGUGUGGCAGCAAAUGGUGUGUACACAAAACUAGAUACAAAUAUUGAUUCCCCAAUUAGGAAUACUUCACCACAAUGUUACAAUGUGGGCUCCCCAGUGGCAAAAUCUUCAAUUGAUGAUGGAAAUGACAAAAUUGAGUCAAGAAAUGAAAAAGCAAAAUCUAGCAAAAGUAAAGUAGAGCUAAGUCUUAUAGAAAUGGGGAUUGAUGAAGUGGGUCAUGUAAUGAGCAAAUUUGAAUUGGCUGUGAAUGAAGAGGCUGAGAAAUAUUCCUCUCGUGCAGAUGAUGAGCAUAUUGAAGCCAAUGAAGAGUAUGAAGUGGUACCAGUCACCUAUCUGGAGGACAUUGAUGUAGGACUUGCACAUGUUAAAUCAGGUGACAGCGUAUGUACGGUAGUUGAAGGAAUGGAUGAUUCAACAGAUACCAGUGACAUCAUUGAUACUGCCAACAAUGAUGCAGAAGAUGCCAAUGGCAUGAUUGAUAUUGCCAACAAUGAUAAAGAAGAUGCCAAUGGCAUAAUUGAUGUUGCCAACAAUGAUAAAGAAGAUGCCAAUGACAUAAUUGAUAUUGCCAACAAUGAUAAAGAAGAUGCCAAUGGCAUUAUUGAUAUUGCCAACAAUGAUAAAGAAGAUGCCAUUGACACAAUUGAUAUUGCCAACAAUGAUGAAGAUGCCAAUGACAUCACACAGGGAGAGGGACUAUGUCAUACAUAUGUCCAAGCCUCAAACAAAUCUCAUAUCUCAGAUGUUUGGAAAGUCAAGUCUCCCCAAACCAAGGAUUUUUCAUAUGUACCAGACAACUAUUCUGAAAUCAGUCCAAAUAUCAUAAACUCUCAAAGCACAUCCAGGCAUCCAUGCACAAGCACAAUUAACACAUGUCUCGUCAAACCCAUGAGCAAGUUUCCUAUCAGUCAACUUCCUGUUACUCCCGAAGCAAAUCUGAUAAAGAAAUGGCGCCCACACUCCCAUUCAAACAACUGUCACAAUGGUUCUCAUCUCAAAGAUGCCAUCCCAUGCAUUGUUGCAAUGUCUGUGCCCUCUAUAUUUAAUGUGAGUAACCAUAUAGCCGAGAUGUUUGUUGUUUCAUGUUAUGUCAUUAUACUGUUACAUCUACUAAUUUGUUUUGUUACUUCACGUGUUCUAUUAGACUUGCAAAUUGAUGGUUGGGAACAUAUUGUCUUCCUCACUAAGGAUUUCUUACAUUCUCAUGUUGAUACUUGUUGGCUACUGGGAAGAUGUUAAUCACAUGAUUGUAGAAUCAGGUCCCAAAUUAGUGUGAGUUUGAAAUUACACAAUUCCUUGUCGAGAUUUAGAGACUCUCACACAUUUGGUACUUGAUUCUGUGAUCUAUUGGCCAAAGUCGCUUCCAAAACAUAAUGUGAAUAAUUCCAAGGAGGGGCCAUGAUGUCUUCAAAAAAGUCAAAGAGCAAGUCUAAUAUAUUUUGUCAAGUAGUCAUAGUUCAUUAAUUGUAUAACACUAUGCAUUAUUCUCGUUUUUGUAUAUUUACUGUUAUGUGUUUGUAUCAUUUUCAGAAGUGUAUGUACUUGUACUAAUAAGCUUUUGUAGUUUUUUUUCAUUUCUUCAUGUCAUAAAUAUGUUCCUCUCCAUGCUUGCAUUUCUCUCCCUGCUUUCUAGGUAUA